AUGUCUGGUACUGGCGCGCCUGCAAACGAAGGAGCAGCGGCUGGCGCAGCUGCUGCUGUAGGCAAUGCUGCCCUUACCGGUGCGAGAAUGGGUGCCGCUGCGGCACAGCGAGGCGUUGUAAGCCUGUCCAUCUACGUUCAGCACAACCCAGCCGGCGUGAAGGUCUUCUGCUGCUUAGCAGGGCUUGCCUUGUCGGUCAUCAGUGUCCUCAGCAUUGUGGGCGUUGUGCAGAUCAGCGACGAGGACCACUGGACAGCCAGGGACUCCCUGCAGAACGUUUACACGUUCAUCUUUGGCUUAGUCAUAUGCAUCAUCGAUAUGAAGGAGGAAUGGGCAAACAAAGUCUUCGGACUGCAGUCCAAGAUAUUUCUCUACUGCCAGUUCCUUGCCAGCCAGACUGGUCGAGCCCUGUUCUAUUUUUAUGUUGGUUCGAUUUCUAUAUUUCUUCUGCAGACAUGGGGCUUCUGGAUGAUUGUCUACAUCGUGCUCGGAGGUGGUUUGUGCUUGCUCGGCAUGGUUAUGCUCGUCAUUCGCUGGUGUCCAUGCUGCCAGGACCAGCCGGCAGCUCCUGCAAGUCCAGCUGGAAUUCGUCAGAGCUAG